GAUAAAAGGAGGUUAGGGAUGGUUGGUAGGUGAGAUUGUAGGUGGGUGCAGUGUGAAUAAAUAGCUGAACCAAUCCUAGUAAAGAUAUUUGAGUUUGGAUCUUGAUGGAAAUGGGUAGCCAAAUUGCCAUCCCUGUGAAAGAAACCUUCUUCAUAUCACAUGGUUCGCCGAUGCUUUCAAUAGAUGAUUCUUUACCGGCUAGACAUUUCUUGAAAUGCUUCAGAGAGAAAGUCUUCACCCAGAAACCCAAUUCAAUUUUGGUGAUCUCUGGUCAUUGGGAAACUUCAGAGCCUACUGUGAAUUGCAUCACUGGCCUCAAUGACACUAUUUACGACUUCUACGGGUUUCCCCAACAGAUGUACCAGUUGAAAUACCAAGCACCAGGAGCUCCAAAGUUGGCCAAAAGGGUGAAGGAACUGCUCAAGUCAUCUGGCUUCAAUCAAGUGCACGAAGACAAUAACCGAGGCCUAGAUCACGGGGCAUGGGUGCCUCUUAUGCUCAUGUAUCCAGAGGCCGACAUCCCAGUCUGUCAGCUUUCUGUCCAGACAAACAAGGAUGGAACUUAUCACUUUAACAUUGGGAAAGCAUUGGCCCCUCUCAAGGAAGAGGGUGUUCUCAUAGUUGGUUCUGGAUCUGCAACUCACAACUUGAGGGCUUUGCGCGAUACGGCUGGCAUCGCUUCUUGGGCUGUGGAUUUCGACAAUUGGCUUAAGGAAUCCCUUGUUAAUGGAAGGUAUGAAGAUGUAAACAACUAUAUAACAAAAGCACCUUGUGCCAAAAUUGCACACCCAUGGCCUGACCACCUGUAUCCGUUACAUGUAGCAAUGGGUGCAGCUGGUAAAAAUGCCAAAGCUGAACUUAUUCAUCAUAGCUGGAGCAAACAUGCUCUUUCUUACGCCUCGUACAAGUUUGAGUCACAGCCUAAGUAGCAUGUCAUUGGAUACUUUACUUUAUCUGUCCACAAGCAUUUAAUGGCUUUAAUGUGUAUAUUUCUAUCGAAUGUCUUUCCCUCUUUACCUUGCCUUCUUGAAGUAAUGGUAAAGUCUAUAUACUCUGCCUUUUCUGUAUCUGACCUAGUGAGAUUUCAUGGGUAUGUUGUUGUAAUGUAUAUUUUAGGCAACGUUGAGAAGAGCAAAUGUUGGCAAAAACCAAUUUUUUUUUUAAAAGGGACCAUACUAAUCAAGCAGGACUCUGAGUUUAGGACAAUUCUUACAG